UCUGUUAGCUACAACAAUGGCUCCUUUCUGUCAGAUCUGGAGACCGGACCGAGGACGCUGCUUUAAAACCUACGGGAUCAUCUUCGUUUUGUUUACAGACCUGAUCUUACAGAGUGUUAACGGGUAUCUGAGCUCUCCUCAUGUGAGUAAGGAGCCUCCGUACCCCAGAGAGUCCCAGCAUACACCUGUCAUCACCAGCCCAGUGGUGCCUGCUGCAGCCUCUGUUUCUCCAUCAGAUGAGGAGAGCUACACCUCCGUGUGUCCCAGCGGGGGUUUGUGUCAGCGCCUGCCAGCUGACUGCAUGCUCUGCAACUUCCAACACAACUGCACCUACGCAAAUGCUACUUCCUUCACUUGCAGACCCAGGAAAGGAGUUCACUGUAUAGGGGAGUCGGGGCAGCAGCAGACGAGCUUCUCUCUCUCCAUCAGCUGUCGGUUCUGCUGGCAGUUGGACCCGUCUCAGUACCGCUGCUUCAACUCCACCAACUGCAUGACGGUGUCCUGCCCGCGCCGACGCUACAACGCCACCUGUGAAGUGCUGGACCACGUGCACUGUUUGGGUAGGAGAAGUUUUCAGAAACGUUUGUAUUGUAACUGGACCGGGGGAUACAAGUGGUCCACAUCAUUAGCACUCAGCAUCACGCUCGGUGGAUUUGGGGCUGAUCGCUUCUAUCUGGGUCAGUGGAGAGAGGGGCUGGGGAAGCUGUUCAGUUUCGGUGGCCUCGGCAUCUGGACUUUGAUCGACGUGCUUCUGAUCGGAGUCGGAUACGUUGGACCCGCCGACGGGUCUCUUUACAUCUGAAGCUCUGGAGAAAACGUUCGGACGCUCGGUGCCCUCUUCACUCUCUGAAGACUGAAGAUCUGGUCUCUCUUCACUCUCUGAAGAUCUGUGUUCGCUGCGCAACACGUCCUCAUCCCAUCUGCUAACCGGCAGGAAGUGUUUUCCUCUUCACACCAGCCACGACUCCACCCACACACACACACACACACACAUCAGAUCCGUCUCCAUCACUCUCCUGUCGAACGCUCCUCUGAUGAACGAGGAGACGCUCAGUAUCUGAAGUCUGUCCGUUGGUGUGACUUCACUGCUGAUGUAUAGAUAGGUUUCCUGUGGAGCGGGGCUUUCACACACACACACACACACACACACACACACACACACACACACACACACACACACACACACACACACACACACACAGAGCAGUGUGUUACUACGCCCUUGUUGCAAAGAUAAAUGUGUCAAUGGGGGGGGUCAAGUGGUAACCAUGGCUGCAGAGCUUUUAAUGGGGACACCAGAAACAAAAGGUAAUUAUGUGCCGAGGGAAAGCAUGAAUACACAGAAGGGAAUUUGUUUUUUUCUUUAUGGACGACAGACAGUCGUUCAGCGGUUAUUUAACAUUUCCCUACAUUGAGUCAGGACACAACUGUAACAAAGCGUUUGUAAUUUAUUCGGCUUAAAGGAAUAGUGCAGAUUUCUUUUGUGGGGUUGUAUGAGGUGCUUAUUCAGUAGAUGGCAUUACGCAGGAGUAGACGAACGAAAAUGAAUACCUAACAUAAUCACUAUCCGUUAAAUGUGCGCUAUAUUUCAGAUAUUUUCAAUCCUCCACCUUACCACAAAACAGCCCUUUACUGACAGGGAACUGAAUGGCUACUCGAUAACUGAAGUAGCUGAUGAGUGCAGCAAAUCUACUGGUGCUAAUUUUGAGCACUUAUUGUGUGACUUUGGUGUUUAAAAGGGUUAGUUAAAAUACACAAAGGUCACACACCGAUCCGACGCUGCAGUAGACCUGAAAUACUUUCUCAUUUUGUCUGGUGUCUGAUCAUUAUUUAUUUCAGUGAGUCUUUAAUAGGUUCGUUUUUUGAGGUUAUAUGUGUGGAUAAGUACCUCACACAUAAAACAAAUCUGAACUGUCCCUUUAAGGAUUAUAUUAAAUGACACCCUGGCUUCAAAUGUUGUCAACUUUAUAAAAUAAGAGUUGAAAACUGGAACUGGUAAAAAGACAUGCAGGGGAACAACAACAACUCAAUUUCCUGUCAUCACUUACUGCUACAUGAUUUUUUGGAAAUGCAAAGAUAAUGAUCUCUAUUUCUCUGAUUGCACAUAAUGAAACGAACGUGUUGCACUAGCACACUGCAGCUAUAAAUGUGGUUUCCCGUGUUGGAGAUAUUGGAGAUAUCCUGUGCAUCCGGCUGGUAUUUCUUUCCUGGCUCAUUAUCGCUCUUCACAUCUUCGAAGCAGCUCUGUAUCUUCUGUUUUAAUGAGACGGUGUGGCGCUAAUGGGCUCCUUCGCACUCCAUGUAAAUAUGUUUUCUGUUCCUCAGUGGCUGGUCAUUUUCAUCUGUUUCAAACACUGUAAAUGACAUUUUUUAAGUUCUGUAAAUAAAAUUGUGAAAUAUUAAA